UCUACGUGGGGAAGAAAGGUUGGUCUGACCGCGUUUACACACCAACAGCACCGAUGUCCAAUCCAGGUUAGCUCCGUCCCCGUGUCGAACCACUCUUCUUCCCCGCCCCCGUCAGGCAAAUGGAUGCGCUGAGGAGCCGCCGGGGCGUAUAAAUGGGACGGAGAGCCAACGACAGCCUGUAAUGCUGCGCCGGGUGCGGCGGUCUCUCCGGCAGGUGCUGUUUCUGAUGGCCCGGAGACCGGGUCUUCUCUGCGGGGCUAUCGUGCUCAGCGUCCUGUUUGUACUGGCCGUCAAGUUCACAUGCAGCCGUGCUAAAAAUGUGGUGGCAGCAGCUCGGCCUCCGGUGCGGUUCUUCUCUCCCGAGGCCCCGGUAGUGGAUCUUUACCUGGGUCAGCUAGACCAGGUGGAGCGUCUCAGGAGUGUGGCAGAGGUGUCUCUCAUCUUCUUCUACGCCCCAUGGUGCGCUCAUUCCAUGGCUGCCAGGCAGGAAGUGCAGCAGGUAGCUAAGAAGCUGGCAAAACAGGUGCAGUUUGUGGCCAUUAACUGCUGGUGGAGUCUGGGGAAAUGCAGGAAGCAGAACCGCCUCUACCAGUACCCGAUCAUCCAUCUGUUUUAUAGAAGGUUUGGUCCUAUAGAAUAUAAGGGUCCAUUCGUGGCUCCAUAUGUGGAAAAUUUCAUCCUCAGAGUCAUCACACCGCUGACUUACCUCCCGUCUAGAGCCACGCUUGAGGAGUUCCUCUCCUACCAUGAGUCUCGUGUGGUGGGUUUUUUCCAGUUUAACUCCUCUCCCCAGCCUCCAGGAUACAUCACAUAUCUGUCCUCUGCCCUGCAGGCUCUUAAAAGGGAUUUCCGUGGUGCUAUACGUUUUGGGGUUGUGACCAACAAGCAAGUGGCUGAGGCCAUCUCCCUCAGAGAAGAUGAAACAGUUUAUCUUUACAGAAGAUUAAACUCCUCUCUGAUUUUCCCUCGAAGGGAACGUAACUUCACAUCAGAGGCCAUCUGUAGCUGGGUGUUCGAACACCACGAGACCGUCCUCCACUGGCUGCAGCCUCCAGGAACAAAGUCCCGCCUCCUGGAGCAGGAGCUGACUAAAGGUCCGGCACUGCUGCUGUUCCUGCCGCACAAUCCUCUCGCCUUACAGCCAAGUUCAAUCCUACAGGAGGUUGCAGACAUCGCUGUGCGCUAUCAUUCUUGUGACAGUGACCACUCCAGCCUGGACAAAAGUUUCACCUCCCAUUCGCUGUGCUGCCAGUCGGUCCUCCUCUCGGCGUCCAGCAGCAAUGUGUGUGAAGUGUGCCUCAGUCUGUCGCAGCUGGGCCUGAGCGGCCCCUCCGCUCGCUGCUCGUUCCCCUCGCUGGCUCAGGAAGGAGAUUUGUUGCAGCCUUAUCUCAGACAUUGCUGCCUGCACCAACUACCUGCCCCCAUUUCCGUUCAAACCCCCCUGCCUUGUAGCAACUUUUUGGACAGCUACAGCCCGUUUAGUCGAUACAGUGCCUGCUGCAGAACAGUAGAACCUCAACUCAACAAUGAAUCACAAGCCAAAGAGGAGCCAGAUGUGCAAAGAGUUCCCCUCACGCCUCAUUCUGCAUCCGUCCCUCCAUCCUCUGUCCCUCUGCAGGACGGGGACAGCAUCACAGGGCUCCGGUGUCAGACAAACAGGACGCUCAGGUUUUACGUGCUGGAUGUUGCUCUGAACUGGCCUCUGGCCGUGAGGCUGGGAGCAGCACGCAACAGAAGUGCUUUUCUUCACCAAGCCGGUGAGCAAGGCCAAGGCAGCAGUGACGGGUCAUUCGCAGCUAUUGUGAACCUGAAGGAUGAGGUUCAUUACAUUCUCCAUCGCAGCCCAGCAGCCACACUGACGGAGUCUCUGGAGGCCUUCAUCAGGAACUUCAGUGCUCCCUACAGCCUUCUGCAGAGACAUUUGGUGGGUGAAGACGGCAGGAAAGAGGAGGGGGAAACCCGUCAUCCAGACCAACACCAGCAGCAAUCAUCCAGACCUCUCCUCAUUACAGAACUGACCACGUCCUCCUUCCUGCCCUCUGUCAUGGACCUCCAGAAGGAUGUGCUGUUGUUCUACUACACUCAGUGGUGUGGAUUCUGCUCCGUUCUCAACCACAUCAUCAUUCAGCUGGCCAGAUUAUUACAGGGAAACAGCAGCAUCACUGUGGCCAGGGUGAACGUUGCACGUAAUGACCUUCCAUGGGAGUACAUGGUGGAUCACGUCCCCUCCAUCCUCCUCUUUCCCAAGUACAGGAAACAGUCUAGCGUGAAGUUUCCUGAUGACCUUCCCAUCACGCUACCAAACCUCCUGCACUUCCUGCUGCAGCACUCUGGCUCUGUGCAGUACGCCGACAAACCUGUGGCAGCUUCUGAAAACACAGACGGUCCAGGAGCAAACACGGUCCUCCGAGCAGAGUUCCUGGCUCUCCAGCACGAGGUUCAAACACUUCUCCACGCCCGCGAGCGUCUCUCUCAGCAGCUGGCGCAGCUGUGGCGAGAGAACCGCCGACUCACAUUUGAUGUUCACAGCUUAGAGGCGCAGAACGCAGAGCUGCAGCGAGAGAGGGAGAGCCUGGAGGAGCAGCACCGGGAGAAGAGCCGGCAGCUCGGGGAGGCAGUGAGACGUCUGCAGGAGCUGGUAGAAACCUCUGAGAGCCUGCUGAAUGAGAACACUCUGCUCAGGGUCCUGCUGAGGGUGCUGAAGGACAGGACGGAGGCUAAAGAGCAGGCGGAGGUGGAGAGAAGAGAGGCAGAACAGAAAAGCAGCCAUAUGGCCUCGUGACAUUAAACAUGCAGGGAAUCCUGAGCAUGAUGACGAGAAAGAAAGCCAGAGAGUGACAUUUAUGAGGGAAAAAGCUGUGUUAGACUUGCAACGAGACAAAGAGGAGGUAGAUUCGUAGGCCUCGCCAUGAAAAUGAGGAAGAAAUUACGGUUUUGAUCCGUCAGAAGAACAACUAAGACUGCUGCUAAGUCAGAACACGAGUAAAGAAACAUUAAAAGUGGUAGAGUAGAGAGGAAGAUCCAAAUACUCUAAAGUGCUGUGAUUACAGUGGACUCGGGAACACACUAGUAUGAAAAUUAAGUGCCAACUGUCCAAGUUUAACUACUCAUUACUGAUGCUGUGCUUGCAAAAAGUCAUUUCUGUUAAAUGGGAAAGACUUAAUCAGAGACCCUGCAGCCAAACUCUUUACUCCACCUGUGAUUAAGAUAGACAUAUAAAAGCUGAAUAAUCAAAAUAGUAAUCACCUGUUUGCAGCUAAAAUGUACAAUAUGCCGAAUUAUCAGGGAAAGAAUACAAAAAUUAAGCAAUUUAUGAGUCCUUAUUCGCUUUGGAUCAGGAUAGAUGUCGUUCUUUCUGCCACUGAGGUAGAUAUAAAUGUCACUAUUUAAGAAGCUAAAGUAUGCAAUAAAAAGCAAGCAGGAAGACUUAAAUGAGAAAAUGACGUGCUUAACUACAGGCUUGUGAUGUAGAGUUUGGCUGCAGGAGUAAAGAGAGAGAGCGAGGGCUACUAAUGAAGCUGAGACUUACCUGAUACUGAAGCUGAUCGCCUGCUCACUGAUCUGCAGGCGAGCCAAGGAGCACUUGAAAUCAUUUGCAAGAUUUUUCUUUUGUGUUUGAAGGGGAUAUAGUUGUUUUGUUAUCUAUUUUUACAGGAAUCAUUGAGUCACUAAAAUGUUGUUUUUGUAACUAUUCAGGUAUUAAGAUUGAGAUGCUGCAAUUGUUUACAUGUGAAAUAUUGCACCUGUUUUUACUGAUUAA